AUGAAGCAGCGACAAGCGAAGCGAGACGGUCUAGUCAAGCUACGAAACAGUGGCAGGAACUGGAAGCAGAGCCUUGUGUUCUACUAUCACGAGUUCGAUCACGUACUGGCUGGCUGUGGGGGGAAGAUGCUGAUCAAAGCUGGUUCACCAAUAGUGCUCGGCGUCCUCAUCCUAGUCGCAGGCUUCGCGCUCUUCCUCCUCCCCUUCGGCAUCGCCACCUACCAAGCCGACAAAUGGGCGUCCGCGUCCACGAUAACCAUGAUCGUCCUCGGCGGCGUCCUCCUCCUCAUCUUCCCCGUCUACGAGAAAUACAUCUCGCGCCAGGGUUUCGUGCCCUUCAGUCUCCUGACCGAUCGCACUGUGAUCGGCGCCUGUCUCAACGCAGCCACGUUGUUCGUUUCGUUCUAG